CCCCCCCCCCCCCCUUUCUUCUCUUUCUUCCUCCUUUUUAGAGCUAAAAGAAAAGCUUAAAAUAACCCUUUCUUUUCUUUUCCUUUCUCUCUUUUCCUCUUCCAAAAACAAAAACCCUAAUUCAGAUCAUAUAGGAGAAGAGGUGCGAGCAAGAUGAAGAACUUUCUUUUUUCAUAGAAAGUAGUUUUCGAAGAGGAUCGAUCGAUAUCAAAGGAAGCUUUUAACUUUUAAAGAUAUGGGUUUUCAUUAUACUUUUUGAAAGCUUUUGCUAUGGAUUCUGGUAAUAGUAGUAGUUUACAAUCUUCAAGUGGUGAUGAUGAAGAAUAUGACUCACGGCCUGAGUCAGUCCCAGCUUUUUUGAACACUUCAGGCCAUUUUAGUGCCUUAUCAAAUCCACAUCCAUCACUUGGCUCGCACCACCAACAUCACCCAUCGCCCACUUUCUUUGAUCCUUCACCUAAUUAUCUCAACCCUUUCUCUCAAUCUCAAUUGUUAAACCUUGAUGGGAUAAGGCCCCGAGGAAGUUUAAGAUCCGACCCCAACUGCACUGACCUUGGUACCCUACCGGGAUCUUCUUCAUCGAACCAGUCUAUGCUGGUUUCACAGACACAAGAGCUCAACCGUGGCUCGUUCCCAAGCUCAUCAGCUCAUGGCAACAACGGUGUACGAUCAUCGAAACCUGAUCAGCCGACAAGCGUUGCAAAGAAUCCCAAGAAGCGAACAAGGGCAUCAAGGAGAGCACCCACUACAGUUCUCACCACCGACACAACGAAUUUUCGAGCAAUGGUGCAAGAAUUCACUGGAAUCCCUGCACCACCAUUUUCGGGUUCAUCAUCAUAUUCUCGAAGGCUCGACCUUUUUGGCUCUGGCUCAAGUAUACGGUCCGGUCAUUUGGAACCUUUAGGUUCUCUCUACCCUUUACGCCCUUCAGCUAAAAGAGUUCAGCCAACUCCAUUUGUAUCCUCCUCAUCUUCUCCUUCAUUGCUAAAUAACCCUUUAGUUGAUGCUUCUAAUAUUACCAAUACAAGUACCAAUACCACCAUUGCUACAACCAAUGCUUUCAACCCAAGUACCUAUCAGAACAUGUUAAACUUGCAGAACCAGAGCCCGGUCCUACCUUUCCAGUCCUUCUUAGACUCUUCUCCUCUUAACCCAUCACUUAAUUUGCCUGGCUUCGGUGUAAAGUCCCAUGGAAGUUCAGCCAUGGAUUCCCUUGAUGAACUGGGGUUAAGCCAUGGUCAAGUCAAUGCCAACCUUGGUGGCUUACACAGUCAUGAUGUCGCACCAGAUGGGGCACGCCAUGGAAACUGGAGAGAUGGGGUUGGACUAAACCAAGGGAACCAAGACCAUUUGAGGGCAUUAGAUUGGAAUUAUGGGACUAGUGAUCAUAACAAUUCACAUGAAAAAGGGUUGGAGAACGUUUCAUCUAGAGCUGAAGGUACAGUUGAUUCAUGGAUUUGUCCCGCAGAGUAGAAACUUAAUUACCUUACUACAAACUUAUAUAUUUAUUAAUGUGCAGAAAAUUAUCAUGCAGAACGACUAUACAAAGUUUAAUGUGGAGAGGGUUUUGCAUCAGUAAUCAUAUUCUCUCUUUCUCUUUCUCGUUUUCUCUUCUUUUCUUUUUAAUUUAUUAUUUUUCUUUUUGUUCAUUUAGAAAUAAAUGAGAAAUUUAAUUAACAACAUA